AUGGUUGGUGUUAAAGUUGUUAGGCUUGUUGUAGAUAAGUACAAGAUGGGUACUGGUCACAAGAUUAUUAUUCUUAAAAAUGACAAGACUCUUUUUACUGCAAAGUGCCAAGAAGAUGGUUGUGGUUGGAGGAUUCACUUUGGGCAUGUGAAUGGUGACAUUUCUCGGUUAGUGCUGAAAGGCUUUUUAGGUGGCACAUUACUUGUUGUAGGCUUUUUAUAUAAAUUACAUAUUCUUGCUUGGUUGAAGAGUCCUACGGUGACAACUAAGUUAGUCAAGCAUUUGAUCGCUGACAAUAUACAGGGUGAUCCUAGUUUAAAAUCCAAACAGAUCAUGUCUCUUUUUAAGAAGACUUAUGGGUCCAAUAUCAAGUAUCACCAAGCCCAUAGAGGGAAAGAAGCCGUAUUUGAAGAACAGUUUGGUGAUGACGAAAAAACCUAUAGCGAUUUAACUUGGUAUGUCAAAGCCAUUGAGAAAACUAAUCUUGAUACCUUUUUUAAUUUUGAAGUUGAUCAUGCAACCCAAAGAUUUCAUAGGAUCUUCAUUUGUUUCGGUGCUUGCAAGCAUAACUAUAUGUAUCUCAGGCCCAUGAUUUACUUGGACGCUACUUUCCUUACUGGUAGAUACAGGGGUGCUUUGAUGGAUGCAACAUGUAUCAAUGGAAACAAUAGUUUUUACCCAUUUGCAUUUGCUCUUGUUUCUGCUGAAAACAAAAAAAAUUGGUUUUGGUUUAUGGAGAAUCUUAAACAAGUUAUCGAUGGUCGUCAGAUUGUUUUCCUUAGUGACCGUGGAGAAGGACUUUUGCAGGGCCUUCCAAAAGUAUUUCCUAAUUCUUAUCACAACUAUUUCUUUUACCUCAUCAAGUGCAAUAUCCAUGUUGGAUCAGGUGAUGCGAAUGCGAAUGUCGUUAUUGGUUUGUUUUACAAAGAUGCUUACUCUUACACAACAACUAACUUUGAAGAAGCUUUGCGGGGCAUGCAUGCACUUGGAUGUGGACAUGUUUCUAAUUAUCUUAGGACUAUUCCAAAGGAGAAAUGGGAAAAUUCAUUUUUUUUCCUGUGGCGAGUUAAUGGUUUUCCUUGUGCACAUGCUUGUGCUGCCAUUCAAGCUACAAGGGAGGACAUCUAUUCAUUUGUUGCUCCAUACUUCACCACUGAAUGGUACAAUGGGACAUACCAGGAGAUCAUCUUGCCAAUCCCAAAUUAUGACAAGCCGCAGGCUUAUGAUCCUAGUGAUAGGGUUAUUGUUCCUAUUCCAGUUCCUCCACCUGGUAGACGAAGAACACAGCGUAUCAAGAAUUCUUGGGAGAAACAAAAGAGGCCUAUGAUGUGCACAAAGUGCUUCACCCUUUCUCACCACAACAAAGCUACAUGCCCCAUGCUUUGA